AUGAGCGACCUUCGCAAGCUCAACGUCUUGAUGUGCGGUACCGGCGAGUACACCACCGGAUACAACGACGCUGGCGCGAGUCAGUCCGACAAAAAGGUCGGCGUCGUCGGAUUGACGCUCUUUGACCUUCGGAGGCGCGGUCUCGUAGAUCAACUUGCAUCUCGAGAAAAGAUUGCGGGUGUCUACAAGGAUAUGGACAUCAACUUUACAUCCUAUCCGGACAACGAGAGCGUCGAUCCAAAUGCCUACAAAGCGGCUAUCGACGCGCUUUCUCCUGGUGAUGCGGUGAUCAUCUUUACACCAGACCCAUCGCACUACCCAAUCGCCAAGUAUGCGCUCGAACGCAAGAUUCACGUCCUCGUCACCAAGCCAGCGACCCAACUUCUUGAACAUCAUCAGGAAUUGAUUGAACUUGCUGAUAAGAACGGUUUGGUCUGCUGGGUCGAGCAUCAUAAGCGCUAUGAUCCUGCAUACUCUGAUGCACGUGGACGCGCCGCUCAAUUGGGCGAAUUCAACUUCUUCAGCGCGUGGAUGUCUCAACCCAAGUCGCAGCUCAUCACCUUUAGAGGAUGGGCAGGAAAGGAUUCCGACAUUUCCUAUUACCUCAGCUCGCAUCAUAUCGAUAUUUGCUGCUGGAUGCUCCAGGGCAAGGCCGUUCCAACACGAGUUGUUGCAUCGGCUGCAACGGGAAUUGCGACCAGCGAGCCAUAUAAUUGUGUACCACAAACAGAGGACACCAUUACGCUUCUUGUCGAUUGGCAGUCCCUGACCUCGAAGACACAUCGGGGAACGGCGGUGUAUACUGCAUCCUGGACGGCUCCUAUCGGCGCUGGGAUCCACUCGAAGCAACACUUCUAUUACAUGGCCGAAAAGGGCGAGAUCAACAUUGACCAAGCCCACCGUGGGUACGACGUUGUCGUCGACGGUCAGGGCAUCUCAUGGUUCAAUCCGUUUUACAUGAAGUAUACGCCUUCUGAGUCGGGUCACUUCGAUGGUCAACGCGGUUAUGGAUACAUUUCGAUUGAGAAAUUUGUCGAGGCGUCUCGAGAGGUCAAUGCUGGAAAAGCCAAGGCUGGUGACUUUGACACGCAAGGUUUCCCGACUGUGCGGAAUACGAUUUUGACAACGGCAAUCUUGCACGCGGGCAGAAUCUCGCUUGACGAAAAGAGGCCGGUGACGAUCAAAACGGUCGAUAACAAGUGGAUUCUGGAGUAG